CGCACUGGGGCGACGGAUGUUUACGGCUGUGGAGGUCGGCGCGGCGCAGGCUGGCGGCGGACGGGCGAGCGGCGCCCGGGGAGCUGCAGGUCGCGGGCCGGCGGAGCCCGGAGUGUUGCCCCCGGGUGCUGGUGAGCAUGGGCGGGGCCGUGAGCGCCGGCGAGGACAACGACGAGCUGAUCGACAACCUGAAGGAGGCGCAGUACAUCCGCACCGAGCUGGUGGAGCAGGCCUUCCGCGCCGUCGACCGUGCGGACUACUACCUGGAGGAGUUCAGGGAGAAUGCGUACAAAGACCUGGCGUGGAAGCACGGCAACAUCCACCUGUCGGCCCCGUGCAUCUACUCGGAGGUGAUGGAGGCCCUGGACCUGCAGCCGGGCCUCUCGUUCCUGAACCUGGGCAGCGGCACCGGCUACCUGAGCUCCAUGGUGGGGCUCAUUCUAGGUCCUUUCGGGGUAAACCACGGUGUGGAGCUUCAUCCAGACGUGACUGAGUACGCAAAGCAGAAACUGGACUUCUUCAUCAGGACCAGCGACAGCUUCGACAGGUUCGACUUCUGCGAGCCCUCCUUCGUGACUGGCAACUGCCUGGAGAUCGCGCCGGACUGCUCCCAGUACGACCGGGUGUACUGCGGCGCCGGCGUGCGCAGGGAGCACGAGGACUACAUGAAGAGCCUGCUCAAGGUGGGCGGCAUCCUGGUCAUGCCGCUGGAGGAGAAGCUGACGAAGAUCACCCGCACCGGCCCCUCCGCCUGGGAGACCAAGAAGAUCCUGGCCGUGUCCUUUGCCCCGCUGGUCCAGCCGCCCCGCUGCGAGUCCGGGAAGUCCAGGCUCGUCCACCUGCCCCCCCCGGCGGUGCGCAGCCUGCAGGACCUGGCCCGCAUCGCCAUCCGGGCCGCCGUUAAGAGAGCCAUCCGCCAGGAAGCGGCGAGCGGGAGCGUGGGCGGGCCAAGGACCACUCCCAGGCUCAAGCGGAGGAGAGUCCGCCGCCGGCGCAUGGAGACCAUCGUCUUUCUGGACAAAGAGGUCUUUGCCAGCCGCAUUUCCAGCCCGUCGGAGGACAGCGGCUGCGAGGGUCCGGAUGAGGAGCCGCGGGAGGGGGAGGCGCCGAGCCCGGCGGAGGCGAGGCCCGAGCCCCCGGUGAACCUGCUGCGGGAGAAGGUGCUGGGCCUGCCCCUGCCGGAGCCCCUGAAGCGCUACCUGCUGUACCACAGGGACAAGUGAGCGGAGGGCCGGCGGGCGGGCACCGCGGACCGCCUGCUGCAGCGGGCGCC